AUGUCGACCCUCCAGCCAUUGCGACGAGGCAUCAGCCUGCUGGGCGCAAGAUCUCUGGCCUCCCAAGCCGCUCCUGUCGUCUCCAAUGGCUCGCGACAAGCCCUCCGCCUCCGCUCCCCCGCCACUAGACGCCCGGUAGCGAGAUUUGGCCCUGCGCUCCGUCACUUGCAGGCGCGCUUUGCGUCGUCGGAGGCAGCUAGCAAGACGCAGUUGUAUGAUUUGCAUGUUGCGCGCGGUGCGCGGAUGGUUCCUUUCGCGGGGUUUGCGAUGCCCUUGCAGUAUUCAGAUCUGAGCCAUGUUGAGAGUCAUAACUGGACGAGGGAGAAGGCGAGUUUGUUUGAUGUUAGCCACAUGGUGCAGCACCGUCUGAGCGGACCCGGGGCAAUGGAGCUUUUGAUGAAAGUGACGCCGUCGUCGCUUGAUAAGCUCCACACCAACCAAUCCACUCUGUCCUGUCUUUUGGAAGACGGAACUGGUGGUAUUGUUGAUGACUGCGUUAUUACCCGCCAGGGCGAAGACAGUUUCUACUUUGUCACCAACGCCGGCCGUCGCCAGGAGGAUCUCGCCUUCUUGCAGACAGAGAUCGAAGCCUAUCGCGGCGCCAACGGUGCAGACAGCAUCAAGUGGGAGAUCAUUGACAACGCACUGGUCGCUCUUCAGGGCCCCUUGGCUGCCUCCGUGCUCCAGCCCCUCAUCCACGGCUCCGGCGCUGAAGCCGACCUCACCACCCUGGGUUUCGGCAACUCCCGCACCCUCUACCUCACUCUCCCCGACGGUUCGCGCACCGCAGAACCCCUCCUCAUCUCCCGCACAGGCUACACCGGUGAGGACGGUUUCGAGAUCUCCAUCCCCACUACCACCCCUACGCUUCCUCAACAGGUCGUCGACCUUUUCCUCGCCAACCCAGACCAAGUCCGCCUCGCCGGCCUAGCAGCCCGCGACUCCCUCCGCCUCGAAGCCGGAAUGUGCCUCUACGGAUCGGACAUCACCACCGCACAAACACCCCCCGGCGCCUCCCUCAGCUGGGUCGUCAGCAAAGACCGCCGCGACCCCUCCACCGGCAACACCAACUUCAACGGCUCCUCGGUGAUCCUGUCACAGAUUGCAUCGCCCGCGAAGACCCUCUCCCAGCGCCGUGUCGGGUUCACCGUGGAAAAGGGCUCCCCGGCGCGUGAGGGGGCGAUUAUUGUUGAUUUGAACGAUGAGUCGCGCACGCAGAUUGGUGUCAUUACGUCUGGUUUGCCGAGCCCGUCGCUUGGCGGGUUGAACAUCGCCAUGGGGUAUGUGAAGCAGGGGAUGAACAAGAAGGGGACGGAGGUUGGUGUGUUGGUUAGGAAUAAGGUGCGCAAGGCUAGUGUCGUGGGGAUGCCGUGGGUUGAGACGAAGUUCUAUCGGCCGUAG